GCCUAUAUAUGGCGCCGUGCCAUGCCCGCCGUCUCGUCGCGCAAACCAUGGCCAUGGGCAAGGGGGGCCUGGCGCAGUCUUCGCUGCGUGCCAGGUUCCGCCAUGGCCGCGCGCUGGCGGCCAUCGUCGUGCUCGUGGCAGCGGCGGUGCCGGGCGUGGUUGAUGGGUCGUCGUCGUGCGACCUGUUCCAGGGGAGAUGGGUCGCGGACGCGUCGUACCCUCUGUACGACGCGGCGAGCUGCCCCUUCGUGCCUGACGUCUUCGAUUGCCGCCGCAACGGCCGCCCGGACGCCGCCUACCUCAAGUUCCGGUGGAGCCCCGCCGCCUGCCGCCUCCCGAGGUUCGACGGGCUGGGCUUCCUGGAGACGUGGCGCGGGAAGACGGUGAUGUUCGUGGGGGACUCGCUGAGCAUGAACCAGUGGGUCUCCCUCGCCUGCAUGCUCCACGCGGCCGUGCCGGAUCCCGCCCGCGUCUCCUUCAGCACCGGCGACCCCGUCUCCUCCGUCCACUUCGAGGACUAUGACCUGUCGGUGGUGCUCUACUUCAGCAAGUUCCUGGUGGACGUGGUGCAGGAGGACGUCGGCCGCGUCCUCAAGCUGGACUCGAUGCAGGGCGCCGACUCCUGGCGCGGCGCCCACCUGCUCGUCUUCAACACGUGGCACUGGUGGACCUACAAGGGCGCCAGCCAAGUGUGGGACUACAUGCAGGAGGGGAACACAACGUACAAUGACAUGGACCGGCUCGCCGCAUUCUCCAAGGGCCUCUCGACAUGGGCAAGGUGGGUGGACGCCAACGUCGACGCGUCGCUCACCAGGGUCAUCUACCAGGGCGUGUCCCCAAGCCACUACACGUCCAAGGAGCAGGAGAGCGAUGGGGCGGCGCCGGUGUCAGGGGGCUGUUUCCAGCAGACACGGCCGCGGCAGGUGGCCACGGACGGGGACGAGAGGGUGUUAUCGGAGCAGGUCGUCGUGCGUGGCCUGAUCGCGUCCAUGUCGACGCCGGUGUCGCUGCUGGACAUCACGUCGCUCUCACAGCUCAGGAUCGACGCGCACCCGUCGGUGUACGGCGGGCCUGGCCGGGACGGCAUGGACUGCACGCACUGGUGCAUCGCCGGGCUGCCGGACGCGUGGAACCACAUCCUGUACGCGAUGCUGCUGCAGCGCACAUGAAACAACAGUCGCGUGUGCGGUACUCCCCUAGAUCGUCGAUUGACAGAAGCAAUGUGUAAGGCUAAUUAAGGCCUAAAACUAGAAUAUUGUCUGGUAAGGAAAGUCCAGGGCGCAACCUGCCUGGUUUUUUGAAAUUUAGAUACCAAGUUCGCACUAGUCGACAAUUUUAUGAAGAACUUAACUACACAGGGAUCGUCGAUUGACAGAAGCAAUGUGUAAGCCUAAUUAAGGCCUAAAACUAGAAUAUUGUCUGGUAA